GCAGUGCGGCUUCACAGGAAGGUUAUGAUACAGCGCCCACCUGUUUCCAGUGCUCUGGGCUAUGUAUUAUCCCGGGUCCUGGAUGCCGGAUACCUGCUUGGAGUAGCAUCGUGAAUUUAACCUACCCGCUCAAUAUGCGGCUACUCAAGGCUUCGAGGGCAUAUACGGCCUCAGGCUUAUUCGGGUAUGGUGUGCAUCGAAGGGGAUCGUCAGGUACGGGAUCUAGACGGUCCUGAUAUCUCCAAGACGACUAGCAGCGGGAGGACGACAGUAUAAAAGCAGUGCGCGUCGCAGUGCUGUUGACUACUCCAGUGUCCGGUCAGCUCAGGAUUAAAGCAAGAAACUUCUAAGCUUUUACCACCAUGGUCUCGUUCAAGUCCCUAAUCGUCGCGUGGGUUUCCCUCACGGGCGUGGUUUCCGCCUCGCCGCUUAAUAUUACGGACUCUGGUGUCCUCGAGAAGCGCCAGUCUACUCCCAGUGCCACAGGUCGCCACAAUGGCUAUUACUUUUCGUGGUGGACCGACGGCGGUUCUCAGGUCACCUACACCAAUGAAGCAGGUGGCAAAUACAGCGUUAACUGGGGUGGAGGCGGCGGUAACUUCGUCGGUGGUAAGGGGUGGAAUCCAGGUGGUGCAAAGGAGAUCAAGUACUCUGGUUCAUACCAACCCAAUGGCAACAGUUACCUUGCUGUCUAUGGUUGGACUCAGAACCCGCUCGUCGAGUACUACGUCGUUGAAAACUUUGGCACAUACAACCCGGCUUCAAAUGCGCAGAAGAAGGGGUCAGUCACUACUGAUGGCGGCACCUACGAUAUCUACGUCAGCACACGGACGAACCAGCCGAGUAUUGAAGGUACAAGCACCUUCCAGCAGUAUUGGUCUAUCCGAACGCAAAAGCGGACAGGAGGUACUGUUAAUACAGGCAACCAUUUCGCGGCGUGGGAAAAGGCUGGCUUGAAGCUCGGCACGCAUAACUACAUGAUCGUCGCUACAGAGGGCUACUUCAGCAGCGGGUCAGCCACUAUCAAUGUCGAGACUGCCCCGUAAUUCACUCAUGACCUACCUAGCAUAUCUUCUCUUGCCACAAGAGAAUAUGAUGCUUAGGGGGGUAGAGUGACUCAUGGCAGACUAUGAGGUACAGGAAUGAGAUAUAGUCCGAUGUGCUCCCAGUGGUAGUAAGGUAGAGACGCAGUUAGUACCUUAACUAUUGUUAUAGUCUAUAGUAUAUCUAUCUGGGUUACCUAAGGUGCCUGUUAUGCUAUUUUUCUUGUAGCAUUCUCCAUUGCUAAGCCACUCAAUGUUAAGUAAGAGAAAUCGAGUUGCUGUUUAGCAUGUUGUACUGUUAUAUUUAUUCAAAACCCCC